UUGGUCGGAAUUGAAAAAAUGUCCGGUGAUGAUUCGACGGAGGGUGGCCGAAGACGCAGGCGAGGCCCGGAGUCUUCGAAUCGGAAGGAUGGCCUUGACCGGCUGAAGGCGAUUCGGGAAGGGGGGCGUCGGCGAUCUGGUGGUGGGUACGAUAUUAAGUUGCAGGAGCCGAUUUUCGAUACAGUUGAUGAAGAAGCGUACGAUGCACUUGUUUCUCGGCGGCGCGAGGAGGCUCGCGGGUUUGUAGUCGACGAUGGGGAAGAUGGCGAUCUGGGAUAUCACGACGGGGGUGAAGAGGAGGAUUUUUCUAAGCCCAGCGGACCAGAGUCGACGGAUGAAUCGGACGAUGGUGGUGGGUUUAGCGGGAGGCUUAAAAGGAAGAGAAGCGAGAAGAAGAAAGGAAAAGAAGAAGCCCAGCAACCUCAGGUUAAGAAGGUGAAUCCGUUGCUUAAGGCUGCGGCUACUAUUACAGGUGAAGGGAGACUUUCGUCGAUGUUCACAUCUUCGAGUUUCAAGAAGGGCAAAGAGACUGAUAAGGUGAAAUGUGAGGGUAUCCUUGACGAGGUGUUAUCAGAAGUUACUCCAGACGAUAUGGAUAGAGAAAGGCAUAAGAGAAGGAAACAACCAGCUACAGUUCCGAUUACUUUCUGCAGGAACAAAAAUCAGGUUUCUGUUAACUCGAGCAUGGGAAUGCAGGUUCCAGAACCCACACCCUCAAUUUAUCAGAGUGAUUGUGUUUUCAUGGAGAAUGAGUUGAUGAAAGAGGAAGAUAUGACAGAAUCUGAAGUCAUCCCGCCGCGUAAUUCUGAUAAUAUGGACUUACGGGGAAGCGAUAGUGUUAUUGAGGAUGGGGACAAGGUGAAGACCGAGUCAGUAGAUAAGGGGGUAUUUACAUUGAAUGCAACCACUGAUAUGAAAGAGAAGGAUUCAGCUUUAAGCGCCACUGCUGGUUGGAAGGAAGCGAUGGGCAAAGGUGGAGGUGAGAAUGGAGAUCCAAUUGGUUCUACUUGUGAAAGGCAAACGGAAUUUGAUGUGGAUGCUGAAGGAUCACUUCGUUUUUACAUUCUUGACGCUUACGAGGAGGCUUUUGGCGCCAGUAUGGGCACAAUAUAUCUGUUUGGGAAGGUUAAAAUGGGAGAUACGUACAAGAGUUGCUGUGUGGUAGUUAAGAACAUCCAGAGAUGUGUUUAUGCUAUUCCAAAUACUUCCAUAUUUCCUUCCCAUGAACUAAUCAUGCUCGAGCAAGAGGUGAAAGACUCGAAACUUUCUCCUGAAUCCUUCCGCGGGAAGUUACAUGAAAUGGCAUCAAAACUGAAAAACGAAAUUUCUCAGCAACUGCUACAACUCAAUGUUUCAAAUUUUAGCAUGGCGCCUGUUAAGAGAAGCUAUGCUUUUGAGAGGCCUGAUGUGCCUGCUGGCGAACAAUAUGUUUUCAAGAUUAAUUAUCCAUUUAAGGAUCCUCCACUUCCAGAAGAUCUGAAAGGGAAGUUUUUUUGCGCUUUGCUCGGGUCUCAUACCAGUGCUUUGGAGCUUUUUAUCCUUAAAAGGAAGAUCAUGGGACCUUCAUGGCUCAAAAUUUCAAAUUUCUCUACCUGUUCACCUUCUGACCAAGUAAGUUGGUGCAAGUUUGAGGUUACUGUUGAAUGUCCCAAGGCUAUCACUGUUUUAGUUGCGGAGGAGAAAGUGAUUCAUCCUCCUGCUGUCGUUACAGCCAUAAAUCUAAAGACUAUAGUCAAUGAAAAGCAGAACAUCAGCGAAAUUGUUUCCGCUUCUGUUCUCUGCUUUCACAAUGCCAAGAUUGAUGUUCCAAUGCCAGGUCCAGAAAGAAAACGAUCUGGUAUUCUGAGUCAUUUCACUGUUGUUAGGAAUCCUGAAGGGACCGUAACCCCAAUUGGUUGGAAAAAAGAAGUGGCUGACAGAAAUUCAAAGAACGGCUGCAGUGUUUUGAGUUUUGAAAUCAGUGAAAGAGCAUUGCUGGGCCGAUUGUUUUCGGAGCUGUACAAAUUGGACAGUGAUGUUCUUGUGGGACAUAAUAUAUCAGGUUUUGAUCUGGAUGUCAUUCUUCAAAGAGCCCAGGCUUGCAAAGUUUCGAGUAGCACGUGGUCCAAAGUUGGCCGUCUCAAACGCUCUUUCAUGCCUAAGCUUAAAGGGAACACUAAUUUUGGGUCAGGAGCUACACCAGGGCUCAUGUCUUGCAUUGCUGGAAGACUCUUGUGUGAUACAGAUCUAUGUUCUCGUGACUUGUUGAAGCAGGUCAGUUAUUCGUUAACAGACCUUUCAAAGACACAGCUGAACCGGGACAGGAAAGAGAUAGCGCCUAAUGAUAUUCACAAAAUGUUUCAGUCAUCCAAAACACUUGUGGAACUUAUUGAAUGUGGUGAGACAGAUGCAUGGUUAUCCAUGGAGCUCAUGUUUCAUCUAAGUGUUCUUCCUCUCACUCUCCAGCUUACAAACAUAAGUGGGAAUCUUUGGGGGAGAACUCUUCAGGGAGCCAGGGCGCAGAGAAUCGAAUACUACUUACUACAUACAUUCCACUCGAAAAAGUACAUUCUCCCGGACAAAAUUUCGCAACGUAUGAAGGAAAUAAAGUCAUCAAAAAGAAGAAUCAAUCAUGGUCCAGAGAACCACAAUGUAGAUGAACUGGAAAAUGAUCCGUCUAAGGACAGCAAAACAAAAAAGGGUCCAGCCUACGCUGGUGGACUGGUCUUGGAGCCAAAGAAAGGCUUAUACGACAAAUAUGUGUUGCUUCUUGAUUUCAAUAGUCUUUACCCUUCUAUCAUACAGGAAUAUAAUAUCUGUUUCACGACUAUACCACGAUCAGAAGACGGAGUUCCUCGUUUACCUUUGAGUCAGACACCUGGAAUUCUUCCAAAGUUGAUGGAACAUUUGGUCAGUAUAAGGAAAAGCGUCAAACUAAAGAUGAAGAAGGAAACAGGUCUCAAGUACUGGGAGCUUGACAUUCGGCAGCAGGCAUUGAAGCUCACAGCUAAUAGUAUGUAUGGAUGUCUGGGAUUUUCUAAUUCAAGAUUCUACGCUAAGCCUUUAGCAGAGCUCAUAACACUACAGGGCAGGGAGAUCCUGCAAAGAACCGUGGAGCUUGUCCAGAAUCAUUUAAACCUAGAGGUAAUUUACGGUGACACAGAUUCAAUCAUGAUUCACAGUGGGCUUGACGAUAUUGAAGAGGUGAAAGCCAUUAAGACAAAAGUCAUCCAAGAGGUCAAUAAGAAGUAUAGAUGUCUAAAAAUUGACUGCGAUGGCAUAUAUAAGAGAAUGCUUCUUCUCAGAAAAAAGAAGUAUGCUGCCGUCAAGUUGCAGUUUAAGGACGGGAAGCUUUGCGAGGACAUUGAAAGAAAAGGUGUGGACAUGGUUCGUCGAGAUUGGAGCUUACUCUCUAAGGAAAUUGGAGAUUUAUGCUUGGCUAAAAUCUUGUAUGGAGGGUCGUGUGAGGAUGUUGUUGAAGCAAUUCAUAACGAACUUAUGAAGAUAAAAGGGGAAAUGAGAAAUGGGCAAGUUGCACUUGAGAAGUAUGUCAUCACCAAGGCAUUGACUAAGCAACCAGAAGCUUAUCCAGAUUCCAAAAGCCAACCACACGUGCAAGUCGCACUCAGAAUGAGGCAACGUGGUUAUAAAGAAGGUUUCAAUGCUAAGGAUACUGUACCGUAUAUAAUCUGCUAUGAACAGGGUAAUGAUAGCUCUGCCAGCUCAGCAGGAAUUGCCGAACGUGCUAGGCAUCCUGAUGAGGUGAAAUCAGACGACAGCAGAUGGUUGGUUGACAUAGAUUACUACUUGGCACAGCAGAUUCAUCCGGUGGUUUCUCGUCUAUGCGCAGAGAUUCAGGGCACAAGUCCUGAGCGUCUAGCCGAGUGUUUGGGACUUGACCCAUCAAAGUACCGAAGCAGAUCAAACGAUGCUACGGGCAGUGAUCCUUCUACAUCCCUCUUAUUUGCUACAAGCGAUGAAGAAAGAUAUAAAAGCUGUGAGCCGUUAGCAUUAACAUGCCCCAGCUGCUCUGCUGCUUUCAACUGUCCAUCUAUUACUAGUUCUGUUUGUGCAUCGAUCAGUAAGAAAUCUGCAACACCUGAAACAGAGGAAUCUGAUUCUACAUUCUGGCUUACGCUGCACUGCCCCAAAUGUCAGCCAGAAGGUAGCGGGGGAAGAAUAUCCCCUGCAAUGAUAGCUAACCAGGUGAAAAGGCAGAUCGACGGGUUUGUGUCAAUGUACUACAAAGGCAUAAUGACGUGUGACGAUGAAUCGUGCAAGCACACGACUCGCAGCCCAAACUUCCGUCUGCUCGGUGACCGUGAUCGUGGAACAGUUUGCCCAAACUAUCCUAACUGCAACGGAACCCUCCUAAGAAAGUACACCGAAGCAGACUUGUACAAGCAGCUGUCAUACUUUUGCCACAUCUUAGACACAGAAUGCUCUCUUGAAAAGAUGGAUAUUGGUAUCAGAAUGCAAGUAGAGAAAGCAAUGACGAAGAUAAGACCUGCGGUUGAGUCAGCAGCGUCCAUGGCCCAAAGUAUUCGAGACCGGUGUGCUUAUGGAUGGCUGCAACUCACAGACAUAGCCAUUUGAUAGUUGUAAUAAUCAUCUCAUGUAAUUAAAUCAGUCUCUCAUACUAUAUUUUUUUGACAUCAUUAUAAUGAAAGUACUCGGUUUGGUUCAGUCCUAAAGUUUGAACUAUAACU